AUGGCUGACGCUCGAUUUUGUUAUAAGUCAGUAACGGAUAAAGAUUUGGAAUUGUUCAACAAGUAUAAGAAUUCUAUUGAUAGCAAAAUUCGAAAAAAACAUCCAUCAGUUCCAGCUAAUUUUGAGCUGAAACCAGUGCUUGUUCGUCAUAUCGCAGCCUGUGGCACGAUUCAUGAUUUCAAAAUCGCUCUACCCGAUAACAAAUUCGUCAAAAUUUCCUUUCUUACAGGUGCAAUGCAGAUGUACCCGCCAGGUGAAAAGCCACCCGAACACCCACCAGAACCCAAAAUCAAUGUUGAUGAUACAUUAACAUCAACAGCUGAUGAAUAA